AUGGCCGCCGAAAAGAAGUUCAAUGUUGCCAUCAUCGGCUACGGCCUCUCGGCCAAGGUCUUCCACAUUCCCUUUAUCAACCUCGUCCCGACUCUGAAUUUGCACACCAUCAUUCAGCGUAACCCAACGGCUGAAUCGUCCGCACCAGCCGACUAUCCCUCUCUCACGCACCACACCUCCCUGGCGCCCGCUCUCGCCGACCCGGCCGUGGACGUCGUCGGCAUCCUCACGCCGCCCGACACGCACUUUGACCUCGCCUCGCAGGCCCUGCGUGCCGGCAAGCACGUCCUCGUCGAGAAGCCCUUCGUGCCGACAGCCGCCGAGGCCGACGCCCUCAUCGCCCUCGCGCGCGAGCACAACCGCCUCAUCUGUGUCUACCAGAACCGGCGGUGGGAUUCCGACUUUCUGACGCUGCGCCGCCUCCUCCGCGACGGCACCCUCGGCCGCGCGCUCGAGCUCGACACGCACUUUGACCGCUACCGCCCCGACAAGCCGACGACCUGGAAGGGCAGCCUGUCGAUGGACCGCGGCGGCGGCGUCCUCUUCGACCUCGGCAGCCACCUCGUCGACCAGGCCUACGCCCUCUUCGGCACGCCCGCCGCCGUCUACGGCCGCCUCCUCGACCAGCGCGCCGGCCGCCUCGACGCCGAGGACCCGGACAGCCUGCACGCCGUGCUGUCGUACGCGUCGGGCCUCGUCGUCACGGUGCGCGCCGGCGUGCUGUCCGUCGAGGAGGCCCAGCCGCGCUUCUGGCUGCGCGGCAGCAAGGGCUCGUACCGCAAGCCGGGGCUCGACGUCCAGGAGCCCCAGCUCAAGGACGGCGCCAAGCCCACGGAUCCCGGGUUCGGCGUCGAGCCAGAGGCCGCCGCCGGCCGCCUCGUCGUUGUCCGCGAGGACGGCAGCGUCGAGGGCAGGACGCUGCUGACCGACAAGCCCGAGACGUACGUCCGGCUGUUUGAGGGCUUUGCCACGGCCCUGGCGAGCGGCAGGGAGGAGGACGUGCCUGUGCCGGCGACGCAGGCGAGGGAUGUGCUGAGGAUCCUCGAGGCGAUUCGCGAGAGCGCCAGGACGGGUAGGGAGGUCCGCUUUGACUGA